GAUGAUAUGAUAACGAACGUUGUGGGCAUUGUUCUCAGUAGACAGUGCUUCGUCAAGAAAUUCUAUGUAAAAGGUCAACUUUGUCCUUUCAAAUGAUAAGAUACAUUUUGGUUUUGUAAAUACUCCAUCGAGUAUCAGAGACAAUGUUAUCUCAGAAAGCUGAUCUCAGAGACAGUUUAUGGCUUCUGUGUGGUUCUACUACCCAUUCAGCUGGCAUUUCUACGGCAACAAAUGAUUAUUCCGCUAAAGGAUAUACUCCAAGUCAAAUAUAUGUUCCAUAUUCCGUUUUCAAAGGCAAAGCUGCACUCUCUCUGAGUCCCCGACUUCCAACUUUCACUAAGCUGGAUUCUGGGGCCGUUGUAAUUGAUCGCUGUGGUUCAAUGAUGAUGACUUUUGUACCCGCUCUUGGUGAGCGCAAAUAUGAUUGGGAGAAGAAACAGAGAUUUGCUCUCUCAGCGACGGAGGUUGGUUCUUUGAUAAGCAUGGGCCCCACAGAUUCCUGUGAAUUCUUUCAUGACCCUGCAAUGUUAUCAAGUAAUGCUGGUCAGGUCAGGAAGAGCUUAUCAAUUAAGCCACACGCAGACAGCUCUUGCUACUUUAUGUCUUUGUCUGUUGUCAACAACAUUUUAAAAACCAAAGAAUACUUGUCUGUUCCCGUCACAACUGCUGAGUUUGCUGUGAUGAAGACUGCUUGCAGCUUUGCAUUGCCGCACAUUAUGGGUUGGGAUCGUCUGACUCAUGAUCAGUCCAGAGGCAAGCAUGAUCAUCAAUCAAAGGUGGACCCACAAGUUCUAGACUUGGAGUGGGCAAAAUGAAUUACAAAAUGAAGUGUAUCCUCCUUUAUAUGGUUUUGAUUUUGAAGAUCGGGUUGCUUGCCUCAGGUUCUGGCUUUCUGUCACGGGUGAAAUGGAAUGGUAUGAUAAGGCAAUCAAAUGUCAAAGCCCAUGACCAACAAUCUUAACUUGUUUAAUUUUGUUUACCUGAUUUGUGAAGAAUAUUGAGACAAGAAUUUCAAUUUAUCUUCUCAUAGCGUAUUUUCUUGUGUGAGUGGACGAUUAUCAUGGUUUUGUUGACCUUGGUGCGAUCACUUGUCCUCGUGUGAAUAUAAAGCAUUGCGUAUUCUUUU